AUGGAAACAGAAAUGCAUGCUCUUAUGAAAAACAACACAUGGGAGAAGUGCAUUCUGCCUAAAGGAAAGAAAAUGGUUGGAUAUCGGUGGGUGUAUUCAAUCAAAUAUAAACUAGAUGGUUCCAUUGGAAGAUACAAAGCUCGGCUCGUAGCCAAUGGUUACACUCAGACGUAUGGGAUCGAUUACUCUGAGACAUUCUCUCUCGUUGCAAAAAUGGACACCAUCAGAGUCUUUUCUCCGUGGCAGCCAAUAAGGAGUGGCUUUUCCACCAGUUUGAUGUUACAAAUGCAUUUCUCCAUGGAGACCUAA